AUGUACCAAUUGGAGAGACGGGCAAUCUUCUCCAAGCGAUGGAUGCUGCUCACCCACUCCAGCCGCUUCACGAAAGCAGGAGACUACCUCUCUUUCACAGUCGCUAAUUUCUCCUUUUUCCUCAUUCAGGACCGAGAUGGCACAAUCAACAGCUUCCAUAACAUCUGCCGCCACCGCGCAUUCCCUGUUGUCCAAUCCCCUUCCGGCACAGCGCCCAUAUUGAGCUGCAAGUACCAUGGAUGGUCAUAUGGACUGAAGGGCAAUCUUGCCAAAGCUCCACGAUUCGAGACAGUACCUAAUUUUGAUAAAACCCAGCACUCGCUAUACCCAAUCCAUGUACAUGUCGACAAGGCUGGCUUUGUGUGGGUCAAUCUGCAGGCUGGUGAGACUGAUGUGAAAUGGGAAGAUGAUUAUGGAAAGGUCGAUGAGGAGCCUAGGAUGCAGGACUUUGAUUUUGCCGCCGAGUACAAGUUCGAUCAUUACUGGGAAAUGGAAUUGGAUGCUAAUUGGAAGAGCAUCAUCGACAAUUACAAUGAGUGCUACCAUUGCGCUACUUCUCAUCCACUGAUCAAACGCAUUUCGGAUUUGCCCAAAUAUCGGGUUGAGCCCAAGGCCCGGUAUAUGGAGCAUCAUAUCUUCAAUAAGGAGGGAUCCGAUAGCCAGUUCCGACGGGCCAUCACGUACUUCUACCCAACGACUUCUGUCACAGUGACUGACAAAUUCUUUUAUAUCCAGCGCAUGGUUCCUGUAUCGGCCACUUCGAGCAGGAUCGAAAAUGAGAUUUAUCGUCACCGGGAUGCCACUGAUGGAGAAUUCGAGAAUAUCAACGCAUUUUACAGGCAAGUCCUCGACGAGGAUAAGGAGCUUUGUGUUGGAACCCAGGAGAACCUGGGUGCUAAAGUUUUUACGAAUGGCGAACUGCACCCUGACAAAGAGAAGGUAGUGCUCACUAUGGUCAACCUGUAA